AUGGAAUAUCCUCAGGAGAGCUUUGUCGCCACGGCCUUUGCGCCAGGGUCAUUUUGGGCGCGUCGACGUGAAGUCGUCCGAAAACAGACCCUGAGGCACCAGCUGAAGAUGCUCAAGGACACUGGCCGCUAUGAUGCUUUCAAGCUGAAGUGGCAUCCAAGUUAUGAUGAUCCUCCCACCGUCUAUCCAGUUCCUAAUCAUCAAUUCUGGGACUCUGAUGUGGCCAAGUGGAUCGAAGGAGCCUGUUACUUGCUGAUGGACUCCUUUGAUUCUGAGAUCGAUGCGGCAGUCAAAGAGCUAGUGCAGAUGAUUCGAGGGGCACAGCAACCAGAUGGAUAUUUGAAUAUUCAUUACACUGUUGUGGAGCCAGAAAAAAGGUUUACUAACUUGCGAGAUAUGCACGAGUUAUACAAUGCAGGCCAUCUCAUCGAAGCUGCCCUUGCUCAUCAUCUUUAUUACAAGAACGAUGACCUGUUGGCACCACUUUGUAAAUAUGUAGAUCUUUUCGUGGCCACUUUCGGAGACCAGGAUGGCCAGCUGCCUGGGUACCCAGGUCACCCAGAGAUUGAGCUUGCUCUGCUUCGCUUGUACAAGGUCACACAGAAUCCCAAUCAUCUGAAAUUGGCGCAAUUCUUCGUUGAGGAAAGAGGCAAUCAGCAAGGUGGGAAAGAGAAAAGCCAUUACUACGACGUGGAAGCGAAGGCCAGGGGUGAAAACGAGCAUGAACUUCCCAUGAGCUAUCCCGCUGCAAGAAGCUACUGGUAUCAGCAAGCCCAUGUGCCAAUUGCUGAACAGCAGACCAUAGAGGGGCAUUCUGUUCGAGCCAUGUAUCUCCUCACAGCAGUCGCCGAUCUCGUUCGAAUCCACCAACCUACGAGUGAGACCGGAACGAAGUUCUUACCCGCCCUCCAUAGACUAUGGUCGAACAUGGUGGAGAAGAAGACUUAUGUCACUGGCGGAAUCGGUGCUAUGAAGAAGUGGGAAGGGUUUGGUAUCGACUAUUUCUUACCUCAAGGCUCUGAUGAAGGCGGCUGCUAUGCAGAGACAUGUGCAGCUAUUGGCGUUAUGAUGCUGGCCGAGCGUUUAUUACGUAUUGACUUGAACGGCCAAUACGCCGAUAUCAUGGAGCUGUGCAUGUACAAUGCUGUUCUUACUGGGAUGAGUCUAAACGGAAAAGCAUUCACCUAUGUGAACCAGUUGGCCUCCUCAGAUUCAGAUCUGUCGGAACGAUAUGAGUGGUUUGAGUGUGCCUGCUGCCCCCCCAAUGUCACUCGCACUUUGGGUUUCCUUGGAGGAUAUUUCUGGUAUCACACCAUAAGCCAACAGAGUGCCGUUGUGAAUGUGCAUAUGUAUACUUCAGCCACUUUGAGUCUCAAGGUCUCCAACUCAACGGUGACGGUCACUCAAAAGACAGACUGGCCAUGGAAUGGAGAUGUGGAAUUUGAAACUCACACCGAUGGACCGCCGGUUGAUCUUGAGCUACGUCUAAGGAUUCCGGGCUGGGCAACGUCAUGGGAGAUCGCUCCUCGCCCCGAAAAUCUCAAAGUCGAAAACGGCUAUCUGAUUCUAAACGCUAAGUGGCUAAAACAAAAUCCCAAGUUCCGCCUAGCUUGCCCGAUGAAGCCUCGGUUCGUUCGCCCGAAUCCUCUGACUAUGCAGCCCGUGGCAUAUGUUAUGCGCGGUCCAAUUGUCUAUUGUGUCGAGGAUAUUGAUCACCCCUGGGAACACCAGCAUUUCAAGCGUACAAUCCUUGAUCUGAACGCAAUUUUAAAGGAGGAGCCGCAAUCCGAGCCAGACUCUUACAUCGCCAUUGUGGCCGAGAAUGGUUCGAAGUGCGAACUCGAUACGUCGGCCUGGGAUGGUCAAAUCGUGACGGAGCCUGAGAAUCAAGUUUCCAAGGGCUCGAAGGACCUCAAAUUUAUUCCUUACUAUUUGAGAGCGAAUCGUGGUGGGAAGGGUCAGAUGAGGGUCGGUCUGCGCGUGCUCUGA